AUGCACUUUACCAUCAUUUUCUGUUUCUGUGUGUCGCUGGCACACCCACUCUGGGUUAAAAAAGAUGUGAACCUAAUGGUGGCCCCCGUUGUAGUCAGUGGCCUUCUUGUCGAAGGGCAGACAUCCACUUUACAUUCGCCCGCAACUACUGAGGGGAUACCGACAACAUCGACUAUAUCUAAAACUACAACGUCACAGCACAGCUCGCCGACUACUGGAGGUGAGUUUUAUGAAGGUGCGGGCGGUAUCACGUACUCGCCGUACCAAAAAAGCGGCCAGUGCAAGACUCUGGAGAUGGUGAGAUCAGAUUUGGAAAGACUCCGGGGUUUCAGUAUUAUUAGGAUUUACGCGACGGACUGCGACAUAUUAAUGAACCUGAAAAAGUGCCUCUCAACGUCUCAAAAGGUAAUGGUUGGGAUUUGGGAUCUUGGCAAGGUUUCUCAAGGAGUGUCAGACAUUUCAACAACGUUUAACGGGGAUUUCGCUCGCGUCCAUUCCGUGUCAGUGGGCAAUGAGCUCGUAAACUCAGGCCAAGCUAGUGCGGAAGACGUACAAGCGGCCGUUUCCAAAGCGCGCGUGCAACUGCGUGAAAUCGGAUACCAGGGCCCCGUCGUGAGCGUGGACACGUUGGUUGCUGUGACGGCCAACCCGGCCCUGUGUGGCGUAUCCGAUUUUUUGGCGGUAAACUCCCAUCCGUACUGGGACGGCAACGUCGAGCCCAGCAAUUGCGGAGCAUGGCUCCAAAACCAAAUCGCCAAUUUACAAGCCAAAUGCGGCUCUCAAAAACCAAUUCUUAUCACCGAGAGCGGCUGGCCCAACGCCGGUGACACUAACGGCAAAUGUCAGCCGUCACAGGAGAACAUGCAAAGGUGCAUUCGGUCCAUCAACCACGUUGUUGGCCCGCAGGUACUGCUAUUCAGCACGUUCAACGACUACUGGAAAGACCCGGGCCCGAAAAACGUCGAGCAGCGGUGGGGAAUAUUCGGCGACCCAGCGUUCUAG